AUGGCUGCAAAUUCUUUUCACAUCACCGUGGAUGAAUUCAGACUUUUCCAUAAGAUUGACCGAGAACUUUAUUGUCUCCUUGUUAAUGAGCUUCAGCGUGAUCCUUUGGACUCAAUGCAGAUACUGGCAUUGUGGAUUUGGAUGGAGCGAGCAGGUCUCAAAAAUGUUAUCAGAAAGAUCUUUUCCUUGCCUAAUUUUUUGAUUAAUGAACUUGCUGAUGAGGCUGUUAUCUGCCUCAAAUUCAUUGGGGACAACGGGUUCCUUCUCUCAAUUGACGCAAGUGAUAUUUGGCAAACUCAAAACGUCAUGGCAAAAGAGUUCCCCCUCCAGUUUUUCAAUGAAAAUCGGGACAGUGCAACCAGUGGGAUAAGGAAAAUUGCAACUGAGGUUUGUCUCAAGGCAUUGCCUGAUAUUACGGAGAGAGCCUUGAGAAGUUCUGGACAAACUUUGACUGGUGAGUCAUCUUUAAUGGGAUCUUUAAUGGGAAGAUUUGCUCACUUGGGACUUGGAGAUGACAUGUAUCCUAGGAGGAUGAACGGACAGGACGUACCACGUGAAGAUCGGACCAUGUUUGUUACUUUUUCCAAGGGCUACCCUGUUGCUGAAUGGGAAAUCAAUGGAUUCUUUACAAUGCUUUUUGGAGAAUGCAUCGAGUCCAUUUACGUGCAGGAGGUGAAGCCCCAUGAACAGUCUCUUUAUGCUCGAGUUGUGUUUUUUACGCCUGCAAUUAUUGACAUUAUUCUCAGUGCUGUGACCAAAGCCAAGUUUACUAUCAACGGGAAGCAUGUCUGGAUGCGUAAAUAUGUCCCGAAAAAUGGGAACACUCUCCCACCCAUGAUGCCUCAGAAUUUUCCUGGAACUAAUUAG